UGUUGCUGAGCAGCAUGCAUAGAUGGCGCUACUGGAUCUCCGGCUCCUCGAUGCUGAUUGGUCAAAGGCAGAAAGUACAAAGAAAAAGGAGGACUUGUACAAGAUGGACCCUCUAGGCAAAGAUCAAGAGCCACAAAAAAAACAACCCAUGGUUUAUAUAUGUGGAGAUUGUCAUGGGGAGAAUGAACUUAAACCAAGAGAUCCAAUUCGUUGCAGAGAAUGUGGCUAUCGUAUCAUGUAUAAGAAACGCACAAAGAGAUUGAUUGUUUUUGAUGCUCGAUAAAGCAUUCAUGGACAAUGUGGAGGUAAACUACGGUUUCUGGAAUUCAAAUUCUUCAUUUGCUGUCUGUAUCAGGUUGUAAAAUUUCAUCCCCAAGAAUAAAUUGAUGAAUCAUU